GUGCAGUCCGCAGUGCACACACAGCCCACAACUUUAUCCUAAAAUUUAACCACUUUAACACUCAGCCAGUAUCAUAAUGAGGUCUCCUAAUAAGUUCAAAUCGACAUGUUCUAUGCCAUCGAGAUGUAAAAUAUGGCAAUUAAUUCACUCUUCACACACCUCACUUCUCAACUCGGCAUAAAAUUUCUCCGCAAAUUUUCGUUUGUCCCAAGAUAUCUCGUCUCGUCUGCUCUGUUUAUUCUGCUCGCAACCCACGAAACCUUUCGACAACACCGAAACCGGCCGGGAGUGUACUAUCUCUUGUAUAUAUUUAUCAAAUCCGCGGAUUGAUCUUUGCGACUUCAGUCUUGGUGGCAUAAUCUCUCAAUUUCACUUUCUCUUGUUGUCGCUUUCACGAAUCGCACCACAACAAAUUGUUUAUCGAUGUCUUUGGCUCAAUCGAUGUACAAAGACUGACGACACUCUUCAAUACUGCGCCUUUGAUUUGUUUCUCGAUUGAAACCGUGCUUUAGUCUCUACAGAUCUGGGGUUGUUGGCAGAUUUGCUUCAUAUCAUCUUACAACAUUUCUAUAAUCAGGAGAGCAAGCAGUCUUUAAAUUUUCCAAAUAAAAUCACGUUUGGAACAUCAUAAGAUGGAAGAGAAAUAUUUCUUCUCCGCAUUGAAGGUAUCGCUUAAAUUUCCAUCCCAUCAUGAACCUCUGAAAGUUGCCAGUAGCAAAUUCUACAAGCUUCAGGAGAAUAUAGCAGUACAAAAACAAACUAUCAACGAAAGCACAAUAUUAUUCGAUUCAAAAUCUUAAGGCUUGGCAUGAAGGUGCUCGCGAAAUGGUAGGUCUUCAGUUGAACUGGCAAGAAAGAUGGAAGAAGCUAUGGACAGCUUAUUCAUAUCAAGCUAAGGAGCCCAAGGCUUUUAAGUAGGCUGAUACACUUGAGGGGAUUUCAAAUCAAUUUGUUGCACUCAAGAGCACCAUAUCAGCUCGAUAUCAAAUCAUCAGACGGAAAGAUAAACUUAUUGAGGAAAUGGGCCUUACUAUAGCAAACAAAGACUUGUUGCUUUCAAGUGCGGAUCCCAAUGCCCUACCAAUUUAUGCGGACAUCAAGGUAGCUAAUCUUAGCGGGCUCGUGUAUGGAAAGUAUAAAGUCUUUUCAGGUAGGGCAUUCAGUAAACCAUACUAUUGCUUCAAAUAAUGUUCCGCAGAUAUCGUUUCUUUUUUCGUGUCAACAACGUGCAAGUGGAAAUAAUGGGAAGGACGAUCAACUAUUGUGUCAUCAGUUUCUUCAUUAGCCAGCUAAUUCGCUUUUCUGGGAAGUACGAUCAUGUCAAAGCUGCAUAUUAGCAACUGAUGAUCACGGAGUCACUCAAGAAUUCGGUGUACGAGAUAGGACUGAAGGUUCGAGCUCGCGAGAUGGAGAACGCUAUCGCUACCAGAACUAGUUUUGCUCCUAGGGAGAAAUUCACAAGCCCUGGAAACCACGCUGCACAUGCUGCAGAUGCAUUCGCAGAUGCUCAGAUGGUUCUCGAAACUGACUCUAAGACUGAAAUUGGGCGUGUGAUUUCGGGCAAGCGGGAGCAAUUCAAGCUUACAUGCCUUGUAGCGCCAGAAACAGUCAUUAAAUUUGCGAGUGUGUGGAAUGACUUGUAUUUUAUCAAAUUCAUACAGCUCUUAAAUCUCUAUCAAGACUUGAAGAUGUGGCAUCAUGAGGGGAUCGGAAUUUGAGAAUUUGCCACCAGGAGAUACGUUAUUACACGCCUCAUCAACAGACAACAGAGUAUAUUCUUUGGAAAAACUUCCCAAUGCGGAAGUAUUUGAUAUAGACGAAACAGCAUUCAAGAAAUUCGACGAGCUAUAUAAUGUCUCUAGAGAGCUUAGAGAUAAGUGCAGGAAGCUUCGUCGUGAAAACCCCAAGGAGCUUAGAAGAAAUAUCUCGUGGGACUAACGCGCUUCGCCGAGAGAUUUCACAUUCGUCUUUUUCCAUUACCCGAAGAGGUUUGAGGGUAAGUUUAAAAUGAUCACAGAUACUUAUGGCAUGUUAAAAACCUCGCAUUGUAGGAUAUUAUUAAAGCUGGCUGACAUUCAAAAAGGUGAUCAGUCUUGUUAACUAGUGAUUUCAGUUCAUCAUGUGCAUUUUCAACUUCUUGCUGUUCAACAUUCAGUGAAAAUUUUGUCUUUCACUUACGAUACUCUGUUCAAUGGCCGCCUAGAAUAACGAGAUGACUUGAGUCUUAUUUGAAAAAGGGUCAAGCAAAAUUGAGAGGAACAUGGUAGCA